AUGGCUCAACCGGAUGUAGCUUCUGCUUUAGUUGCCUGGCUACCGCGUACUCUUAGUACGAUAGGUGAUCUUGCUGAUAGCGCCAUUUUGAUCGAAGUUGUUUGUGCUAUUGAUAAUAAGUUUUUCAAGAUUUCAAAUGAUACUCGCGAGAAUAGUUGGGUUCAAAGUUUUAAGAAACUCGAACAAAUGUACCAGCUUCUUAUACAUUAUUAUCAAGCGGUCCUUCAACUUUCCACUGUGAAUAUCGAUCCACCUAAUCUUAAAUCAAUUGCAAGAGAUGGAAACCUUGAGGAAACAAUAAAGCUGGAAAAUGAAUCAAAUAAAGCUCAUGAAGAAUACCUGAGACUCAUUGCGGAGAAAGAGACUCUCGAAAAAACUUAUUCAACUUUGAUGGACGAACACUCAGAGCUGAGCUCUAAAUAUGAUGAUUUACAAGUUUCGAACGAAGAACUAAGACAGAAACUUAGAGAGAUGGAAAGUGGUAAAGACUUCCACUUGAGAGCUGAAAUUGAUAACCUUCGGCAUGAGUUUGAAAAUCAACGUCAUGAGACAGAACUAUUGGUUGAAAGAAGCAAUAUUAGGAUAAACGAACUUACUAGACAAGUCAUUGAUCUCACGGAACAAGCUGACAAAGCAUCACAAUUAAAUGACCAACUAGAUGAACAUAGACAUACUGUAGAUAGGUUAAAGAAAGCUGAGAAUGUUAUUGAAAAAUAUAGAAAGAAACUCGAUGAGGCUGCAGAUCUUAGAAGAACACUUAAAGCUUUGGAACAGGACAAUCGUCAACUUGUCGAACGCAACCAAGUUGUAGAAGACGAAUAUCGCAAGGUUGCCGCUUACAAGUCUUUAAUGGAAAAUUAUAAGAAGCAGAUCGAUGCUCUUCAGGUUGAAAAGGCGGAACUAAUCACUCAAAAUAAUAAACUUGAAUAUGAAAAUAAACAUAUGCGAACAAAAAUAGAAGCUCAUGAAAUCGCACAAUCUCGUGACAUGGAAAGCAUACGUUUAUUGGAAGAUCGUGUAAGAGAACUUGAAAUGGGUGAUGAGGAUGAUAAUGAUAAACCAGACGGAGUAGUAAAUAAUGUUGAUCAAUCUAUUGGCGAUGAAAUUUCUGAUGCAUUGAAAGGAAACACAAUGACUGGCUUGAGAUUGAGAGUAAAUGAACUUGAACGAGAAUUAGCAAGGGUGCGUGAAGGUAAACCAGCGGAUGGAAAUGCAGAUGCAGAAUUAGUAAUAUUAAACCACAUGUUGGAGGAUGCCCAACGUGCCAAAGCUAAACUUGAAAAGGAUUAUGACAAAGUCCAGAAAGAAAAACUAGAAUUAGAAAGUGAAUUACGGACACAUCAAAACGGCAGUACUGCUAACGGUACUGAUAAACCUGAAAAUAGAAAGAGCAUUGACAGAGAGUUAGCGGAAACUAGGAGAAAACUUUAUGAGACUCAGCUCAAACUUACUCAAGCAGAAAAAGGAGAUGAAAUCAAUGAGGAUGAUCUUAAGAGUCAAAAUGUUCAAUUACAUCAACAAAUCGCGGAGAAAAACAAAAAGAUUGAAGCUUCCAAACAGCUCGUUAAAGGACAGCAUGAAAUAAUUGACAAUUAUAAGAGUCGUGAAGCCGCAAUUGAGGCUGAGAGGAAAGCUUACGCCGAAGAAAUCUCCCGUCUGAAGGUUUGA